UCCAAGUGGCCAAUCCCCUAUAAAAGAAAACGUCUUGAAGGGUUUUUUGAGCACCUUGUAGACACCCUUAUCCUGUCUUCACAGAUUUAUCUCCGGUCUAGUUCUGCAACACGAACAUGGAGAAUAUUAAAGUGAUGGGUUUUACACUAUUCGUCUUCUCUGUUGGGCUCCUUCAUUUCAUCUCUUCGGCCUGUGGUGCACCACUUGCACCAGCACUGUUCGUCUUCGGCGAUUCGUUGUUCGAUAGCGGCAAUAACAAUCUCUUGCCAACCGUUUCGAGGGCUAAUUUCAAGCCUUAUGGUGUUGAUUUUGUCAGAGGAGAUACAGGAAGAUUCAGUAAUGGUAGAUUGGUUCCAGAUUUUAUAGCUGAAUUUCUGGGGCUGCCAUAUCCUCCGCCGUCUAUAAGCAUCCGGAUAUCCACACCGGUUACUGGUUUGAAUUACGCGUCAGCAUCUUGUGGCAUUCUUCCUGAAACUGGACAGUUUUUGGGAAAAUGCUUGAGUUUGGAUGAUCAGAUUGAUUUAUUUCAGCAUACAGUGAAUUCAAGCUUGCCAAAGCACUUCAAAGGUAGGCCAAAUGAGCAAUCGGAGCACUUGUCGAAGUCUAUCUUUGUAGUUUGCAUUGGCAGUAAUGACUAUAUGAGUAACUACCUGAAGCCCAAGACAUCUGACACAAGCAAACAUUACUCUCCUCAAGCAUUUGCUCAACACCUUCUGGAUAAACUAUCAGCACAAUUCCGGAGGUUACACAGUUUAGGAGCCAGGAAAGUUGUGAUGUAUGAGAUUGGACCCGUUGGUUGCAUCCCCUCAAUGACAAGGAAAAAUAAACAUAGUGGAAAAUGUGUUGAAGAAUCAAACCAGCUUGUUGCUUACUUCAACGAUAAUCUUCUUGGAAUGCUUCAGAAUUUGACAUCCACUCUCCCCAACUCCAUUUUUGUUCGUAGUCGUGCGCAUUGGCUAGGCUAUGAUGCAAUUAUCAAUCCUUCUAAAUAUGGAUUACUUGACUCAAGCAACCCAUGUUGCCAAACUUGGGCCAAUGGGACCUCUGUUUGCAUUCCUGAGCUAAAACCGUGCCCUAAUCCGAACCAGCACUACUUUUUUGAUGGUUAUCACCUUUCUGAAACUGUAUAUUCAGUCUUAGCAGGGGCCUGUAUCAAUGAUAGAUCGGUUUGCUCUCCUACUCUAAGAGAACUUGUACAAAUGUAAGUUCUAUACCGAUUGGUAAUUUAAUUUUCUGUGUGAUGGGGAAUAUCUAACAAAGUAUAUAUA